AUGAAGACUUUAAAAAGGGAGAAAAAGAACGUUGAAGAUGAUUUUGAAGAACUUCGAAGGAAAACCAAUUUUAAAGACCUUCAAAGGAAUACCAACAGUUUAAAAAGCGAGAAUGAGAGACUGGUAAAAGAAAAGGAGGCUCUUCAGAAGAAUUAUGAGACCUUAAAAAAGGAGAAAGAGAAGGUUGAAGCAGAAAAGGAGGAUCUUCAGAAGGAAAAUGGCAGUUUAAAAAGUGAGAAAGAGAGACUGGGAAAAUAUUGUGGAGAACUUCAACAGGAGCGGAACAGUUUAAAAAUCGAGAAUGAGAGUCUGGUAAAAGAAAAGAAGGAUCUUCAGAAGGAAAAUGAUUUUGAAGAACUUCGAAGGAAAACCAACACAUGUGGCUAUGUCCUUGACAGAGAAUGGAAACCAAUAACUGAAGCUCGUGUCAAUGUGACUGUAGACCCCGACACAGCCAGCCCCAGCCUCACAGUCUCUGAAGAUGGCUCACGAGUGAGAUUCACAGGGGAGAGAUCAGCAGAGUGGCCCAGUGUGCUGGGCAGGGAGGGGUUCACCUCAGGGAGGCACUACUGGGAGGUGGAGGUGGGGGGGAAGGGCUACUGGAUCCUGGGAGUCUCCACACACCCUCAUGAGAAGAGCAUACCUGAGAAACCAGGGGAGGGCUACUGGCUUGUGAGGCUGGUUAGAGGGAAGACCUGUACAGCUGUGAGCCAGUCAGGGGAUCAGAUCUUAAAUCUGGAGAAGAUCUGCAAGGUUUGGGGGGUGUAUCUGGAUCACGAGGGAGGGAGGCUCUCGUUUUACAAUGCAGAGACCAGAUUUCACAUCCAUACUUUAGAAGGCUCAUUCCCUGGGCAGGUCUACCCCAUUUUCAGCCCAGGGUCACAUGAUAAAGGACCCUUGAUAAUCAAUGCAACUGUGAAGAAUGUGUAGUCCUGACAAGUAGCCUGUUACAAUAUAUACACACACACACACACACACACACACACACACACACACACACACACACAGACAGACACUAUGUUAUCACCUACAGCAUGUUUAGGAAAUGAAGUAAUGGGUGCUGAAGUGAUUUUAAGAAUAAAUGAAAGGGUGCCCAGUUAUGUGUUGUGGAUUCCAAUUGAAGGACAUGGAUAUUUUAACAACACAUUGACACCACGAUUUUAUUUGAAAUAUUUAGACUCGUAUUUCCUCAAUCAGAUAUCCUGCUUGCAUAUUCAUAUUAGAUUUGCUGGUUUAAGAGUGGUAUUGGUUUGUAUAGAAAAGCCAUACGGAUGAAUGCUCGCUUUUCCAUGUAGUUGAUAUUUACACUGAAACUGGAAUAUCACCUGGAUAUUAUUGCUGGCUGAGAUUAAUGUUCUGCCUUGUGCUAUAUUGAUGCUAAUCUUCUUUUACAUUUUUUCAAUGUAUUAUUUUACUAACUUUUUAAUAAAAUCAUAUAUGCAUAA